AGUAGAGUGGAGACUGGAGGGAGACCCAUCGAUUCCAAUCUCCAAUCUAUCAAAAAUCAGUGACCCAAGUGCUAAACCAUCAUUAGUACGUGAUGUUUGAUUGCUCUGUGCCAUUAACAAUAUCUCACUGGGUCUAUAAAUUAGUGAACUCUGUUAGAGAGCCCCCACCCAUGUGAAAUGGAAGGAGAGAAGGGUCUUCUCGAUCACACUGAACCAAGAGACACCUACAACAUUUCUUACAUCAUUCAUUUCUUCCUUGGCGCUGGAAAUUUGAUUCCAUGGAAUGCUUUAAUCACAGCUGUGGAUUACUUUGGUUAUCUUUAUCCAUCCAAGCAUGUUGACAAGGUGUUCUCUGUGGUUUAUAUGGCUUCUUCACUGCCAGUUCUGGUCUUGAUGAUGAGUUGGGGGAGCUGGAUCAAGAGGCCAAGUUUUAGAUUGAGGAUGAACUUGGGAUUCUCUAUGUUUGUUCUCUCUCUUAUGCUGGUUCCUGUGAUGGACAAGGCAUGUUGCAAUCACGGGCCACAGAAAAGGCCUCAUGGAGCCUAUGGUGCGACUGUUGCAACAGUAGCAGUCUGUGGUUUAGCCGAUGGAUUGAUAGGAGGAAGCUUGAUAGGAUCCAGCGGAGAGCUGCCCAAACGGUAUAUGCAGGCAGUGUUUGCAGGAACCGCUUCUUCAGGUGUUCUGGUUUCCAUCUUGAGAAUCAUAACAAAGGCAUCUCUUCCCAAGACCCCACAGGGUCUACGAGCAAGCACCCACCUUUAUUUUGUUGUCAGCACUCUUAUUGUGCUCGGUUGUAUUGUCUGCAGUAACAUCUUAGAGAGGUUGCCAGUUGUGCAAACACACCGGCACAAGAGAAAAGUGGCUCCUGGAUCUGAGGCUCCUGAUUUUCCAGACAAUCUGCAGGGCACCACAAGAAGGCUUUGUUCUGUAAAUGAGUCCAGUGAACAACCAAAAUUUUGGGACGUUGCGAAACAAAUUCGAUGGUUGGCAUUUGGUAUUCUUAUGAUUUACAUUGUGACACUCUCUAUUUUUCCAGGAUAUAUAUCUGAAAAUGUGCAAUCCAAGUUGCUUCAAGAUUGGUAUCCCAUAUUGUUGAUCACAAUGUACAAUAUUUCAGAUUUAGUAGGGAAGUCCUUGACUGCAGUUUAUGUUCCAAAGAGUACUGGGAAGUCGACAUGGGCUUGCAUUGCUAGGAUUUUGUUCUAUCCGCUAUUUGCAGCUUGCCUCCAUGGACCCAAGUGGUUGAGAACUGAGGUCCCAGUUAUAUUUCUGACUGGCAUGCUUGGAUUGACAAAUGGUUACCUGACUAGUGUCCUCAUGAUGCUUGCUCCAAAGACAGUACCUGUUGCACAAGCAGAAACGGCUGGAGUUGUGAUGGCAUUGUUCUUGGAAAUUGGAUUAGUAGGAGGUUCUGUUCUUGGGUGGUUCUGGAUAAUUUAAAUGUGCUGAUGCAUAUGGCCCUACUCCUUGACGGGAAUAAGUGUGGCCAUGUGAGCCAAUCAUUUAUUACUUUAUUAGUCCCGACCUUCCUAGCUCCAAAUUUAAAGAGGAAAUCAGAAGGAUUCAACAGAAAAUAAUAACAACGCAGAAGCCAGAACAAUUUAGUCAGAGAAAAUAUAUUUUUCAUGGUCUUUAAGAAGCACCCAAACUGCAAUUUAGUUAUUUGCUUGUUUUCUAUAUCUAAUCUUUCUUUGGAUGGAACUGAUUUAUCCUUGUAUUCUUGUCAGAGUUCUCAGAAAUUAGCCAAAACUGAGAAUGCAACAAGUUUUGACAUAAAAUAAUCUUAAAAAGUUAAUGUUUCUGUUUCUCCAAUGUAUAAGGUGGAACAUGAACAAGGUCCGACAAAUGA